AUGCAUGUAUUGCAUUAUAUGACGGCGGCCCCCCCUUCUGAAGUCGCCAAAAUGAAGGAGCCCCCCCAGUACCGGGUGAACAAAAUAAAGGACAUCGAAACGCCAGCCACGACCAUCCUCACCAAUGACAUACAGCCAGAAUAUAUCAACUUGGAGUUGCUGCGAAAAAUAGAGGGGAACAAAUUUAUCCUCAACUGCCCACUACAGGAGGUGUACAAAAAUUUGGACAUAUACGUAAAGGCGAAAGAAUAUUUUUCAAAACAUGGAGGAGGCAAACUCAGCAAGUCGUAUCUGCACAGCUUCUCCGAUUUUGACAACACCUACAGGUAUAUGAACGUCAGAAAUAUUUUGACAAAAUUUUUUUUCAUAAAUAUUAACAAACACGUAACGAUGAAGCAGAGCAACUACACGGCCAUAUUUUCCAUCGACGAUUUUUGCAAAUGUGUCCAAAUUUUUGAGCCGGACAUUUUCUGCAUCCCAUCGGAGGAAAUAAAAAUAAAUGAAGAGGUGGGGAAGAAGAAAAAAAUACGAAUAAUAACACUAAUGAAUGAAUUCUUAAAAAAAAUAAAAAGUGUUAAGGAUAACCAAGAGGGUGAUGACUCCGUUUGUAUUGUCACCGUGCCGUCUACUAUCCAUUUGGAAAAAGGCACACUGGAGGAAAUGCUAAGUAAGUACGACUCUAUUAUUGGGGGGUAUAUGCUAAGUGGGAUUGGCUACGACGAAUCGAAUGAAGAAAGGACCUCCCAUUUGAACAGCAUUUUAGCGGCCCUACCCACAGACAAGUUGAAGCUUAUACAACUGAGUGUAGGUACCCCCAUCGAAAUUUUACAUUCCGUUUAUCACGGGAUAGAUAUCGUCGAAUCGAAUUUCCCCUACGAAUUGGCAAGAAGUGGAAAGGCUAUAAAUAUGCACAUCAAAAUGGAGACAAAGGAGAAGUACACAAACAACCUGCCCACCAUCGACCAUAUCAAUUUUCAGAAUAAAGAAAUUUUUAUUAUAGACUUAAAUGAUGCAAAAUACGCUUUGGAUUAUUCCCCCUUAACGGAUAAUUCGCCUAGAAAUGAAACCAAGUCGUAUGUACACCAUUUGCUCAAGUGCCAAGAGCUCACCGCGAAUGUCGUUUUGUCUUACCACAACCUGCACAUGUACAGCUCCUUCUUUCGAGAAAUCCGAGCGCAGAUAAGAAGCGGUAAUUUUCUGGGUUACAUCAACUGGUUUGUUGAGCGGCACCAACUGGGUUAGAGGAAGGUGCCAUCUUUUCCUCCCCUCCCCUGCAGGUUGAGCGGUGGGCUGGGGAGAGGUAAAAAAGUGGGCAAAUUGGUUGGAGUACUGCGAAAAAGGACUCAUGCCGUUCGCCCAAACUGCCCAUCCCAAAUGAACACUGUCAAAUGGUUCCCUUUAUAAAUUGCGUACUUGUCAUUUCCCCCUCCGAGCAGCUUUUUUUUGCUCCCAUCCCUUUUUCGUUCCUGCGAACGAUACCAACGUUUUAACAGUUUGUUUGCGUUACAUUUGUCCUUGCCCCAUUUUGUGAAAACUUCGCUCCAUUUUGUGGAAAAUCCCCCGGCUACUUCAAUUUAAUUUAAUUCAUUUCAGCUCAAUUCAAUUCAAUUUUGCUAC